GAGCUUACUUGUUUGUCCGGUGCAGAUGUCUACAGGUGCGUCUGGUUGUGGAAAGGGGUAUGAGGGACGAAGGUCGAUUCAUGGAGAAUCCGGUCAUGUGUGUGGAUGGUUGCCAGCAGAUUCCGAUAGUAGUAGCGCUUCGUUUAGCGUUACUCAAGCCACGAACCUGUUCGUGAAAAUAGAAGUCGAGUCAUCGGUGGAAACGGAUCCAUCCGAAGAUCUUGAAGCCCCGGUUGAAGUUCAAGUUAAACAAGACGAUCAGUCAGUCGAAGUAAACCAAAGAGCAUCAAGUGAGAUUGAGAUCAUGUUGGAUGAUCAAGGAAGGAUUGUAGCAGUUCCGAUGGAAGGAUAUGACCAAUACGAUGCUGAAGCUGCCGAUCAGAUUCAGCACAUCUUGCUCGAGUUCAUGGACCUUCCAGCCAUGGACAUCAACCCCGAAGCAGCAUCCUUGUGGGCUGAAUUGAUGGGAGAAUCAGCCGGAACAUCGAAUGAAGUUUUGAUGGGGAUGUUCCAAGUGCCAAACUUAGAGGGAAAUGAUCGAGUAGCAGCCCAAGAUGUAGACCCUAUCGAAGAAGAAGCCAUUCCCGAAAUGUUGAACGACCAAGUUGCCAGCGGAAGCAGUGGAGGAUCGAGUGGAGGCCGAUCCAGCGAAGAAAAGGAAGAGACGUCCGAGUCAUUCGAGUCUCUUACCCCCGAAGAAGAAGAAGAAGCAAAAGGAAUUUUAGAAGUUGUCGCAACCAGUUCUAGCGACCCAACCUUGAUGACGAUCGAAGUGAGAGCCCGACCAUCCGACCAAAGUGAACCAGUAGCUGCCGAGACCCAAGUUGCGUUGCCCGACUUAAACGUCAACGCGCCCGAGCAACAAGAAGAAGAACCAAUUUCAAGGUUCGACCCGAUGAUGUUGGAAGCAGAAUUAAGUAAUGAAGCCUCGUUGUACCGCCUAAGGAGAGUUGGAGAAGAUCAGCCCCGAGAUCGUUUGAUGGAGUUGGUCGACCAAAUGGUGGCCGAAGGAGAUCUUGUCGAGACAAGAGUCCGACUUGAAGGAGAGCCUAUCCGGAAGCGCCGAGAUUGA